GCUGGAGUAGAAGAUGCGGUCUGGGCAACGGCGCUAGUGAUCGCCUUCUUGGAAACAAAGAUCGCUGAUCGCCGGCUGGAAUGGCAACUUAUGUCAAAGAAGGCCCAAGGGUGGCUGGCCAGCACACUGAAAUCGAAUAUAUCAGUGGAUGAGUUAAUCAAGGAGGCCACCUCUGUGCUUGAGGCCACUUUGAAUGCUGUGAAGCCGCAGAAGUAA